AUGAACUUCUUCAAGACCAAGCAACGGACACCCCCAGACCUUGUUCGUGGUUUGCGCGACACAAUACCCCGCCUUGAGCAUGGCGCACCUGGAAGCGAGUCCCGUCGCAAGGCUAGCGAAGACAUUACCAAGAAUCUGCAGCAAAUCAAGGGGAUUCUCUAUGGCGAUGGCGGCGAGUAAUACCUUCGGUACAAGCGGCACUGCAACUAAGCAAACUAUAGAUCCCCUUCCCGAGGUUGUCGCUCAACUAGCCCAAGAGACAUAUAACACCGACCUCCUCCAUCUCCUCGUGCUGAAUAUCGCUCGACUAGAGUUUGAGGCGCGCAAAGACGUUGUCCAAAUCUUCAAUAAUCUUUUACGAAGGCAAAUCGGCACACGGUGGCCUACAGUUGACUACAUCGCAUCGAAGCCUGAGGUCAUCUUUGCUGCUCUGGCUGGCUAUGAGAAUGAGGAGGUUGCGCUUAACACUGGGAUGAUUCUGAAGGAGAUCCUGCGUCACGAGCAGCUGAGUAAAAUACUGCUCUAUUCAGACCAAUUCUACAAGUUCCCUCAUUACAUUGAAACCACCACCUUCGGCAUUUCAUGUGACGCAUUUGCCAACUUCAAGGAGACGCUCACCCGACACAAGCCAAUGGUUGCUGAAUAUAUCGACAAGAACUAUGACCGAUUUUUCUCAUCAUUUACUACGUUGAUAUUGUCCAAUAACUAUGUCACCAAGCGGCAGUCUCUCAAGCUGCUCGGUGAAAUCCUCCUUGACCGCGCCAACUUCAACGUGAUGACUCGGUACAUUGCCAACGAAGCUAAUCUCAAGAUGAUGAUGAAUCUGCUUCGCGACAAGAGCAAGAACAUCCAGUUCGAAGCCUUUCAUGUCUUCAAGGUUUUUGUAGCGAAUCCCAAGAAGCCGACUCAGAUUGAAACUAUACUGCGACGCAAUAAGGACAAGUUGCUUGUCUUCCUCCAGAACUUCCACAAUGAUAAGGAAGACGAGCAAUUCAGCGAUGAGAAGCAGUUCCUCAUUGUCCAGAUCCAGGGGCUUUGA